AAACCAUCGGUUACAAAUUUAUAAUCUCAUCUCUUCGCACAACCGGCGCAGGGGCUCCUUCACCAUCGGCCAAACCCGUUUGACAUGAAAAACGAAACCGAACCCCGAAAUUUUAAUCCGAAACAUUGUCGGAUUUUUAGAACUUAGUAUCAGUUCCUCCCGGUCCUCUCUCUUCCUCUUGAGCCUGGGAUUUCAGCCAUGGAGGGUGUAGUGGUACAGAACCAGUCACAGCAACAGCAACAACAACAACAACAGCAGCAGCAGCCGGAGAGGUUGAACCAAGCGGUGCAGCAGCAGCUGAACCUGGAAGCUGUGAAGACCCGAGCCAUCAGUCUCUUCAAAGCCAUAUCUCGCAUCCUCGAAGACUUCGACGCCUAUGCUCGCACCAACACCACCCCCAAAUGGCAAGACAUUUUGGGGCAAUAUUCUAUGGUGAAUCUUGAGCUUUUCAACAUCGUUGAUGAAAUUAAGAAGGUUUCCAAGGCUUUUGUAGUAAAUCCAAAGAACGUGAAUGCAGAGAAUUCUACGAUACUACCAGUUAUGUUGUCUUCGAAACUGCUGCCCGAGAUGGAAAUGGAUGAUAACUCCAAAAGAGAGCAGUUGCUUCAUGGGAUGCAAAACUUGCCAAUAUCCUCACAAAUUGAGAAAUUAAAGGCUAGGAUUGAUAUGAUUGGAGCAGCCUGUGAAAGUGCUGAAAAAGUACUAGCUGACACUCGUAAGGCCUAUUGUUUUGGAACUCGUCAAGGGCCAUCGAUUGCCCCAACUUUGGAUAAGGGCCAGGCUGCAAAAAUUCACGAACAAGAGAAUUUACUCCGAGCUGCUGUACAUCUAGGCGAAGGAUUACGAAUGUCUGGAGAGCAGAGGCAAAUCACGCCUGCACUUCCAUUGCAUUUGGUAGAUGUAGUCACUGGAGGUGAUGGAAUGCAAAGUUUUGCUGAUGCCUCAGGUAUGUAUUUGAAGAAUAAUCCUAUGUCAUCAAGUAACAUCAGUGGACAGGGAACUUUGUUAUCGGCUUCUGCAUCACAACUUAUUGGAAGAUCAGCUGCAUCUCCUGGUGCCUCAAGUGCUACUUCCUUUGAUAACACAGCUGCAUCUCCGCUGCAAUAUGCAAAUUCUCCUAGGUCAGGUACAAACAUGAUGAACACACCAUCUCCUCAGCAACAAACCCCUCAGCAGCAGCAGCAGCAGCAGCAGCAGCAGCAAAGGCAGAAACUGAUGCAGAUACCUCAACAUCAGCCGCAAAUCCUUGCUCAGCAACAGUUCAGGCAAUCUGCAAUGCAAGGACUGGCACAGAACCAGCUGCCACAACUGCAUGAUUUGCAGGGCCAGGCUCAGCAGAAGUUUCAGUCGUUACAUGGCCAAAAUCAGAUGCAAUUUUCUCAAGCAAUGGGGCACCAGCAGUUUCAGAGGCAGUUGCCUUCAGGACAUGUCCAGCAUGGCAUUGGUCAAAGCCAACUUAACCAGGGAAAUCAGAUGAAUCGCCACUUAAGUCAGUUUUCUGGCAAUGCUAAUAGUGCAUUGUUUAAUGCAGCUCAGGCGACAUCAAAUACGCAAAUGAUUCCAAACAUUUCGGCGACUAUGUCAUCGCAAUCACUUAUACCACGGAUGCAGUUUGGAUUAUCUGGUAGCAAUCCCCAGCGAAGUCAUGCUUCCCAAAUUUUGAGUGAUCAGAUGUUUAAUAUGGGAGCAGCCAAUCCUAGUGGUAUGAUGCCAAUACAACAGCAGCAGCAACAACAGCAACAUGGUUCACAAACUGCAUUUGGUAAUAUGCAACCGAAUGCGCAGAAUCUACAACCUGGUAUGGUAGCACUUCAGAACACGCAACAGAAUCUUCCCAAUUUUCCCCAACAGAGACAGCAAAACCCACAGUGAUGCAAUAAUGCUGUCUGUUUUAUCUUAUUCUUCUUAUCGCUUCUAUCUCUUUUCGGUGGCCAUUGGUGCACCCAAAUAUAUGAUUGGGGCAGUAAUUCUCAUAUUUUUGGGUGAGAACUCGUACAUGUUGUCUAAUUUUUACUUCGAAAGUACCAUGUUUUUUGUUUUUUAAAAUUGGCAGUAUGCUUUUCCAUUUUGUCUCUCUAUAAAUAAGUUCUGCACUUGAUGUCA